AUGGCCACUAAAGUAGCACUCGCAGGCGCCACUGGCAACAUUGGCCUCCCUGUCCUCAACAGCCUCCUGGCUGCCGGCUUCCCAGUAACGGUGCUCACACGCAAAGGCAGCAACAGCACGUCGAGAAUACCUAAGGACUCCAAAGUGACGAUCCGCGAAGUGGACUAUUCGGACGUCUCUUCUCUGACCGAAGCAUUGAAGGGAGUUGACGUUGUCGUCUCGACCCUUGCCACCCAGGCGGCCGGCGAACAGACACCACUUAUCGACGCUGCGGUGGCCGCCGGUGUCACAAGAUUCAUCCCAUCGGAAUUCGGCAGCGACACGGCCAACCCCAAGACGGCGCAGCUGCCAGUGUUCAAAGGCAAAGUCGACACGGUGGCAUACUUGAAAACCAAGGUCGAAGAAACAGCAAAGGCCGGGAAACCCAGCUUCAGCUACACGCAGAUCUUCAACGGACCUUUCUUCGACUGGGGCCUGCGCGUCGGCUUCAUCGUCAACCCAGCCCAGCACAGCGCGGUCGUAUACAACGGCGGCGACGUGCCCUUCUCCACCAGCACCCUCGACACCAUCGGCCAGGCCGUCGUCGGCGUCAUCCGACAUCUGGGCGAAACGGCAAACCGUCCCGUCUACGUUCAGGACGCCCUGGUCACCCAGAACCAGCUGAUCCAGUACGCCAAGGACAAGGACGGCAUCGAGUGGUCCAUCACCCACAAGGACACCGAGAAGGUCAAGGAAGAGUCUCUGGCCGAACUGGCCAAGGGCUUCAACGGGCCCGCCCUGGGCGCCUUGAUUUCCACCGCCAUCUACAAUAAGGAGUAUGGUGGCAACUACACCGGCCAUCUUGACAACGACCUGUUGGGCAUCAAGGGCCUCAGCGACGCCGAGGUCAGGAAGCUGGUGGAGAGUCUCUUGUGA